AAAUAAUUCCGAAACCCCCCCCCCACCUGUUCUCUCCGGCUGUCUUCUUCCUCUCUCUCUCUCUUUAGCUCACUUUCUUUCAGUAACGUUUGAAUUUCUUCGUAGAUUCUUCCGAUCUUUCAGCAGUCCUAAAUAAUCGCUUGCAUUUUACUCUGAUUCAAAAACCCGAUCUAGAUUCCGAGUGAGUGAAAAGAUGAACAUAUUUCGAUUCGCCGAGCUGAGUUCCCGAGAUCGAUUAGCUUCCAAAGUUCCCAGUUCUCGCCAAGGAAAGAAACUCAAGUCUCCAGGGUCAUCUUCUGAGUUUAGUUCUUGCCAUUGUGAAGCUCUAAGUCAAAACAAGUUGCAUCAAGAUUCUGCUCAUCAUUUACCGAUGAGAAGUUUGUUAGCACAAGAAAUGUCAAAGCAGAAAGAAACUAAAAGGAGAUCACCUAGCAUUAUAGCUAGACUGAUGGGUCUCGAUGUCUUGCCAUCGCCUCAGAGUUCUUCCCACAGACAACAAAAGUCUGUAGAGAGUUCUUAUGAUGGUUGUGAAUCUCUUAGAAGGAGCUCAAAGGGUUGUGAGCAAAAGUUUAAAGAUGUUUUCGAAGUUUUGGAUGCAAAGAAGGCAGAGAGCCAUAGAAACUUACAUCAUCAGGGGAAGAUGAAUGCUGCUAAUCUUACACAGGCGGAGAUGGCUUUUAUAAGGCAGAAGUUCAUGGAGGCUAAGCGUUUAUCAACUGAUGAGAAGCUUCGUCAUUCUAAAGAGUUUAAUGAUGCGCUUGAGGCUCUAGACUCUAACAAAGACCUCCUACUCAAGUUUCUUCAGCAACCAGAUUCAUUGUUCACUAAACAUGUGCAUGAUCUUCAAAGCACACCUCACAAGCCACUUUACAGUCAAGCACCAUCUCUGAAGUGUCCUAGCCAUUCUCAGAAAGCUGAUAGGGACUCGUUAAGGAAGAGUCAUAGGUCACCUCAUCGGCAUGGUGGUGGUGGCGAUGGUUGUCCUAGCCAUUCUCAUUCUAGGCAUGUUUCUUAUGAGACACUUGAGCUGCAGCCAACCAAGAUUGUUGUUCUGAAACCUAACCUCGGUGGUAGAGCUUUUGCAUCGCCAAGCUCUUCUUCUGAUGAGUUCAGAGCAGAUCGUAGUCUUCUUCCAUGCACCAGCAAUCAUGGCAGGCAGAAAAGUAACGAAGACAUCCGCCUUUCAAGACAUAGUUCAAGGAAGGCGAGCUUUGAGACUUCAGGAUUCAGAGGAUAUGCAGGGGACGAAAGCUCAUCAGGGAGUGAUUCCGCAAGUGAAUCAGAGCUAGUGCCAAUAACUUCAAGAACAAGAACCUCCUUUAACCGUAAGAACUACCAUCGAUCUUUGCCUUCCAAGUCAACAACAUCAUCAUCUGUGACUAGGGAAGCCAAGAGGAGACUGUCAGAGAGAUGGAAGCUGACACACAAGUACGAGCAAGAGAUAGAAAUUAGCAGAAGCGGCACAUUAGCUGAGAUGCUUGCAACUUCAGAUAAUGAAGCAAGGCCAGCAAGUUUUAAUGGACUCAUUUUCGAAGAGAGGAUUAGUAAAAGAGUUGAGCGCAAUGUUCACUUGUCUGAACUGCCAGAACCGGUUGGAAUCAGCAGUAGGGAUGGAUGGAAAGGAUCACGCUCAAGAAGUUAUUCAAAAUCCAAAACCAUCAUGAACCAGGAAAGCACUGGUGGUUACACUAUAGUGCUGCCAAAGGAGUUGAUCACUCGAGAUGGAUUAGUGAUGGGGAGCUCUUCUCAUCACUCUUUCUUGUCAAGCAAAUCUUCUAGACAUGGUAGUAAUAAAUCUCGUUCAUCAUACAAUAGUUGCAGUUUCUCGGUAAAUGCAAAUUCAGACAUUGAGGAAAGUUCCGCUUCUGAUGAUAUCAAGACGGCUAUGUCUUCUGAAGCUCCUGAUUUGUCAACUGUCACUUCUUUAACUGAUCCUGAUAUCUCAAGGAUGCCAACUGAGACUAUAAAACAUUCUUUGGUUCCUGAACCACAGCCUUGUGAAAGCUCAAAGGAAGGAGAUCAACCAAGUCCGGCUUCAGUUCUAGAAGCUUCUUUUGACGAUGAUGAUGUUUCAUCGAGUUCUGAAUGCUUUGAGAGUGUUAGCGCCGAUCUCAAAGGACUCAGGAUGCAACUUCGGCUCCUCAAACUAGAGUCAGCUGCUUACAAUGAAGCUAGCAUGCUCGUUUCAACUGAUGAAGACACAGAUCAGGAGUCAUCAACAAUAACUAAUGAGACUUUGACCAGCCAGGAGGUCAGAGAAGAAGACUGGAAGUCAUUGUACUUAGUUGAUCUCCUAGCCAACUCCAGGUUAAGUGACUCAGACCAUAGCACUGUCAUGGAAACACCUGUAGAUCCAUCCUUGUUUCAGGAUCUUGAGAAGAAGUACUCAUGCUUGAAAACAUCAACCCGGAUAGACAGAAGGUUUCUCUUUGAUCAGAUUAGCGGAGAGCUUGUACAGAUAUUAAAGCAGUUCUCAGAUCCACACCCUUGGGUUAAACCAAAAAGGGUCUGUUCGAAAUGGGAUGCAAACAAGAUACAAGAGACUCUGCGCGAUUUGGUGACAAGAAAAGAAGAGAAACCAAGCAAAGAUGAUGUGGAGGAAAAGGAGUUGGAGUGGCUGAGGUUGGAAGAUGACAUUGAAAUCAUAGGUAGAGACAUUGAGGAAAUGCUGACGGAUGAACUCAUAGCAGAGCUUGUGGUAGAUGCAAUCUUCUAGAAUGUUAAAUAUUAUCUCUGUUUUAUGUGUAGUUUUAAACAAAAACUGAACAAGUGCAAUAUCUAAUGACAGUUUCAUCAUAUGAGGUAGUGAAUAAACACACAUUAGUUCCU